CUCUUUCUGAUGUGUCGCAAUUAGCACUAAGCAGCUUGCAGUAUGGUCGAAGGUGAAAAGCUCUGCGUAGGUCGUUUUAAAAUUCGCUAAAUUUGGAUCAAGUUCGUGUUUAAAAUGGAUCCAACAUCGAUUCAACCCAAAGAAAACGUUGAUUGGAAGCAACAAAAUGCUAGUUGUGUUACGGUUGACGAAUUUCAUGUAAUGAUGAAAGAGGCUGAAGUCAAAGAAAAACAAGACAAAAAGGAAAUUUAUGAGCUGAUUGGUGCAUUGGAUGAUAAACCAAUGGAUGUUGGCAACAAAGUUAAUAAGAGAAUUGACACCCUUCAAGAGAGAAGCAAUAAAAGAAUGGAUAUCCUGGAAGAAAAUAACAUCAAUUACUUAACAAGUAAAAUUUCCAAGAUCAUUGAUAGAUUGGCUGUACCUAUUAAUGAUGAAAUGCCUGUUCUUGCUGGAUUCGAACAAAUAAUUCGCGCUUUUUCAUUCAGCUCUGACAUGAAGUCUUGCUCUCUUGUUGGGGGCAGUAGUUCAAAAAACAGCAAUAACCUAAAGCCCUAUCCUUCAAUGGCUACUUUGAUGGAUUUGAACACUUUACACCAUGUUUCUCCAAAAGAGACGCUUCACAAUGAUUCUCAUCCAAUAAAAGAGGAAAAUCUGAUGACUGAUUAUUACGAUUGUUAUUGCAAUCCGCCGUUCCAUACAUGCCAAACUGCCCCGUCCAUCAUUGGCGAUAACGCGAAGUCUUAUUCAAGCGAGAUUCGAAGAAAAGAAGGCGAAGUCGCAAUGCAAGCUCCUUAUGUCAAUUUAGACACAGGAAAUUCUCCACUAAAGCACAGUUUGAAAAGUCGUUAUCGAUCUGAUCGUCGUAGUAGCCCUAUGAUGAAUGUGAAAAAUGUCCCUAAUUCCGAUAUUGAAUGCAAAUUGAAACAAUACGAAUAUGCAGAUAGUGAAUUUCAAACCUCAAAAACUUCAUUGUCUGCAGUGGAAAUUGAAGCAACAAGGCUUAUAUCAACCAAUGACGAAUGUGGUAUUCCUCAGUACUUGACCAGUCGAAAGUGUGAAUUACAAUUUAACGGUAACACUCAAACCUUGUCCUGCGAACGUGAUCUACUUUCUGAAAACAAGCCACUGAAUUCAUCAACCUCCUCAUUACCUCCCUUCAUAGAGGGUGAUCAGGAAGUUACUACUCCAUGUGUUUCUCUUGAAUGCACAACAGCGCCUAGUUCUGAUUCUAUUGUUGCUCCAUUUGUUUCUCGUUGUUCAAGCAUUGUUGAAAUUCCUCUUCGCAUAUCUACUCGACAAAAAUCUCGGCCUCAUAGAUACCGAGAUACCGAUGACGAUUGGAAUAUAUGAGACAUGCAAGAAUGACGAAAGCGAGAUUCAGCUCAACCAAACAUAGAAAACCAUUGAUCAAUGCAGUCAGAUCUGUUAAUGUGGAGCCCGUCGUUGAAUGUGAAAGUUUGGAAAGUUAUCAUGUCGAUGACGUAGAAGGUAUCCUUAUUUUUUCAUUUGUUAACUUUGAGGAUCUUGUCAAGUUUUGUGCUGAUCAGCUAUAAAAUACCCUCGAAUGUCAGUUUACAUCGAUAUAGCUGCAUACAAUAUGCAACCGUUUUUCUUGUUGAAUUAAUCUGAUAGUACCGAACCACGUGGUUUUCUACUUGAA